CAAUACCAGCGAACCAAGCCAGGAAACCACCCUUGGACCCUCGCUCCGCACCAAAGGCAAACAACACGCACACAGACCAAAAACAAUGAAAUCCGCCCUCUCCCUGCUGCUCCUGUCCCUCGCCGCCGGCACGAGCCGCCACCAGCGGGCUUUCGCCUUUUGCCCGCCGCCUUCGGCCACCACCGCCGCCCCCGGAACCACAAAGGCCGCCGGCGCCGGAUCCACGUCCACGUCCACGUCCACGGGCCUCUCCAUGGCCCUCACCCUGUACGGAUCCCAGGGAUCCCGGUCCCCCCUCGUCAACUGGGGGGCCGCCGAGGUCGGCCUCCCCGUUUCCAUGGCCCGGAACCUCUCCGACAACCCGCACCCCUUCGGGCAGAUUCCGUGCCUGGCCGACAGCGGAAGCGGCGAGACCGUCGUGGUCUUCGAGUCGGGGGCCAUCCUCCAGCACCUCUAUGGCAAGGCGGAGAGCACCGACGGGGACUCCGACCGGCGAGCCGCCGCCGUCACCUCGUGGAUAUCGUGUGCGUAGGAGCGAGCCAUCGCGCCGUGAACCGAAUGGCAUGGAAUGCAUCGGAAUGGAAUGCAAUGCAUCGUCGCGUCGUGUCGUUUGUUCGGAGUUGUGCGUUGUCGGGUAAAUUUUCUCACCGACAGGUCUUUUGUUGUUCUUUGGAUUUAUUCGCUUUGGUUCGUUUCUUUUCUGCGCACGCACGCACGAUCCGCAGGGGCCAACGCCAGUCUCGACCCGAUUUGUUUCAUCGAAACACCCGACGGAAAAGUGUACGUAAGGCAUGGGAUGCAACGGUAACAGACAGCAUUCUGUGGUUUUGGAUUGUUCUCUUGCUUUUUUUUUUUGGUUCCAUCCAUGGAAGGCCUGGAUCAAAUCCUUUCGUUUGACCCGCUUUGCCACGGUUGCUCACGUUGUUUGCUUUGUCCAUUGCACGCAUCGGUUGAACCCGCGCAUCCUGUGGUUUCUGUGGCGUUCUCGUUGGCACAACCAUCGAAUUUCGUGCACGCAACAACAACAACAACAAACAAACACACACACAGCUACGACACCGGCCUGAAGAAACCCAACAAGCGGAUAGACGUCCUCGAAAAGCUCCUGGGGGAACAAGACUUUCUCGUCGAGGGAGGAUUUUCCCUGGCCGACGUUGCCGUCGCGUCCUAUUUGCUGUACGUUCCGCAGUUCUUCCAGGGAGUGAGCCUCUCGAGGUGGCCAAACGUGGUGAGCUACAUGAAGCGGUGCGCAGAGCGCGAGGCCUAUGGGGCCGCCUUUGGGCCGCAGGUCCAGGCCUACCUCGUCGCGGCGUGCGAGGGAAUGUUGCUGGAGGCGGGGUCCGGGGGCGGCGACAAGAAAAAACUCUUUGGAAUGUUUUGAGAGAUGGGGAGGGACCGGCACGAAACCCCACCAAACCAACCAUAGAGCCGCCACGGUGCAACAACGCACGCACUUGGGAUACCAGAAAAAGGGAGGUUCGCAUCGUGGGUAUGUAGCAGACCACGUUGUGCACCGGGUACUGCGGGAAAAAAGGGGAGGGCUCCGGUGUCGGCUGUAGCACCGAGACAAAACGAAAAAUAGAUUUUUCUCAAUAGC